GUCACCAUCCCCAUCUCAUCGUCUUCGAGCUUCCGAGUCUGCGAGUCUGAGAGCACCUGAGCUUCCAUUCUGAGUCUAUCUAGCGCAUACGAGGCAUCUACGAGUCUUAGCCUGGACUACUCCAUCUGGUGACGAGAGCGGUUCUCGACCCAACAACCGUCUGUCAUCGACGCACAUCGUGGCGAGCACAAGCAAACGCCGAGGAAAAACGGAUAUCCCGCGAGACUCCAGUGGGAGAUUCGUGAAGAAAUCAACGAUCGCAAGUACAUCGGAGGACGAGGUCGAUCAGGUCGUCAUCCCCGACUUUACAGAACUCGAAGACUCCGAGUUCUCCGCUCCAUCAUCUAUCCCAUCGCACAUCGUUAGCGCGGUCUCAUCUACGCCAGCAUCGCCCUUCGCAUCGGAAGCCGAAAAGCCAGAGCUGAACUCGAGCGAGCAAACCGGCCAGAGUCAUUUCUACGGGUACCCCAACGUCACGUCAGACAACCUCGGCGACGUCAGCAACGUGCUCGAAGAAGAACUACGCAGGCGCGAGCGAGCGGAAACAAACACAACCGACCGCACGGUGACCAGUGCUCGAGCGUCGCCGAUCACGAUGGCGGGAGUCAAUCCCAACAUCACCCGACCGCUCUUCGGAGGGGACGAGAACCCGAAACAGUUCUGGAACGACGUCGAGGAGUACCUAGAAGGGUGUGAGGAGGGAGCGAAGUGCAAGAGAGUGGCGAGGCUGUGGAGGGCGGACUCGGCGGCGGACGUGUGGUAUGAGGACCUGGAGGAGACGACGAAGACGAGCUGGUCAAGCCUGAGGGAGGCAUUUCACGAGAAGUGGAACAAGAAAGGCAAGCACACACUGUCGGAAACCACCCUCCUCGAGCUCUUGCAGCAAGACUCGCCGACUGAUCAGGAGAUGGUCGAGUUUACGAUCACGAGCGGCAAGCCGGUUCCGAGACUUCUCAGCUGGUGGAGGAAGACGAACAACUUGAUCCUCACGCACCGCAUUCCAGACUCGCUCGCGGAGAGGUUCCGCGCGAACCUCAAAGCGACCGUGCUGCGGGAAGCCCUACCGGUGGUUAGCGAUUGGAAGGAGUUCGACGCCGCCAUCCAAGCCGUCAACAUUGUCAAGCUCAAGGAGCGCGUCGCGCUCUUCGCGACACCGACGCGCGAGACCGGGCAGGAGAAGGAGAAGAAGGGUACGGCGACGCAAGGGGACCAGGGAGCGCGCGCGAGUGUCUCGGUGGAGGACCUCAUACGCGCCGCGCAAGCCCUCAACGUGGGAGGCACGCACCCGGUGAGCUACGUCCAAGCUCCCGCUUCGUACUAUGCACAGGCGGCGGCGCCGCGUUGGACCGGACCUCCACUCAACGCGGUGCGCGCAAGACCUCAAAUAGCCGCCGCACCCAAGCUACCGCCGGAACAGCGUAUCGUCGUCAUCAGACAGAACGCGCUCGCGCCCCAGCCGAACACGGAGGAAGGGCGAGCAGUGUAUGAGAAGCAGAAGGCCGAGUGGCACACCAAAUGGCCCAGCAGCGACAGACCCAACGAGUACCGGCCGUACCCGUUGACUCCGGGGACGCUCCCCGUCGCGUCGAGCGAAUGCUGGAAGUGUGGGCAGCGCCGCCACGUGUCAGACGGCGAGUGCAAAGGCCCGUACGUGCCAGACCUGGAGAACGCCUGGCGCGUCACCGCGGGGCUCGUGGAAGGCGACGUAAAGCGGAUGCCAAGAGCAGCGCCGGUGCAGAUGGUUGGAGAAGGGUACAGCGCGGACACGUAUGGGCAGGUGGUCGGACAGGUUUUCUAUAACGGACAAUGGGUCCCGUUCGUGCAAGGAGGGGGUAACGGGAUCGACCUUGGGCAAGAGCAGGGAAAAGACUAGGGGCCGCAUGUUCGUCGGAUCCGACGGCGGCCCCAAGGCUUGAUCCUAAUCCUACAGCGCAGGUCCCCGAGCGAAGUUCGCCAGCGUUCGGGGACAAGGAACGUGCGAGCCGAAACGACGAAGUCAU